GUCGAGUGGCCACUACUUAUCUCAGUUGAUUUUGUAUACUUGUGGGAAAAGAAUUCGCGUGUUUGAUAAAAUUUAGUGGCAUAAAUAAGCGAAAUUCGCACAUGUUAUAUUCAGUCAGUGACUAGUUAUUGUAGUAGACUUUAUUUGAUUUUGAUAAUUGUUUAUUUACCACGUUCAAGGUUUGUUUAUUGCGAGUGCGUAGGUAAUUUGUUUCAGAGAAAGUUUAAGGUUAUCAAAGUAAUCGCAGCUAAGUGUCCUAGACAGAACACUAGAAAGUGAUAUUUGGUGUAUUUAACUCCUGCAUUCCUGUAUUAGAACUUGGUACUCAAACUUUUUAAGAUCUUUUCACUAUGCCGCCACGCCCAAGAGAAAAACAACCUCUCCCAUCACUUCCGGCCCUUCCGACCGGAAAUUUAGACGAACAAGAUGAAAUCAUCACAGAAAAGAUUCCCCAGAGUGCUUACGAACCCGAUAACCGUCCAAUCGAGAUUGUUUGGAAAAACGUUUUGGUUUUCAUCAUUUUGCACUCUGUCGCUUUGUACGGACUUUUCGUAAUGGUUUUCAGCGCCCAGUGGCUCAGCGCACUCUACACGAUUAUAUUGUAUCAAAUGGGUGCGUUCGGUAUCACUGGCGGCGCUCACCGAUUGUGGGCUCACCGAUCGUACAAAGCCAAAUGGCCUCUAAAACUGAUUUUAGUUCUGUGCCAAACUCUGGCCCAUCAGAACUCUGUGAUCGAAUGGGCCAGAGAUCACAGGGUGCAUCACAAGUUUCAAGAAACCGACGCCGAUCCUCACAACGCUAAACGGGGCUUUUUCUUCUCGCACAUGGGCUGGCUCUUGUGCAAAAAGCACCAAGAGGUUAAGACCAAGGGUAAAGGAAUUGAUCUCUCUGAUCUCUACGCUGAACCACUUUUAAGAUUGCAGCACAAGUAUUUCAUGGUUCUGAUGCCGUUCGGUUGUUUCGUUUUGCCCACUCUUUUGCCCAUGGUUCUCUGGGGUGAAACUUUUGUGAAUGCUUUUUGCCUGAACAUGUUCAGAUACGUUUUUAGUCUUCAUGCUACCUGGUUGGUCAACUCGGCUGCUCACAUGUGGGGAUCCAAACCUUAUGACUCGCACAUCAACCCAACAGAAAACCGUUUCGUUUCAAUUUUCGCAAUUGGCGAAGGUUGGCACAACUUCCACCACACCUUCCCCUGGGACUACAAGGCGGCCGAAUUCGGAAACAUCAACUGGUCGUUGAAAAUCAUCAACUUUUUCGCCAGAAUCGGUUGGGCUUACGACCUGAAAACAGUUUCCCCUGAAAUGAUCAAAAAACGAGUCCAAAGAACCGGAGACGGUAGUCACGAAAUCUGGGGCUGGGGCGACAAGGACCAGACCAAAGAAAACUACGAAUCUGCCGUUAUUAUUAAUAAAAAGGAGGAAUAAAUAAAUUGGAGCAGCCAAAAAAUAUACUAAAAAGUAUUAAUAAAAUAAUAAAGUUUAAUUUUGUUACAUUAGUUGAAUAAGAAUGAGAAAUUUAUUUAAAUGGAGGUUUGAAGAAGUCUCUUUUAAUUUUUGAUAUUCGUAUAAUAUAUUUUUCAUAGUCAAAAUACACAACUUGCAUGUAUGUUCAUAUAGCUUUAAUGUUUUGUAUUAAAACUAAUCAAUAUUAAAUGUGAUAGGAUAUUUCCUUGAUGUAUCUCACAUCUACUUACUUAAAAAAAAUGUCCCUCGAUGUGCUUGGUUUUAUUUAUUUCUAUAGCUUAAGUAUUUAUUCUUGUCGAUGCAGAAAAUGUUUCAUUGAUCGUUGAAUAAAUGUUGUGUAAUCUGGCAUUUCA